CGCUGUCCGGUCCGCGCGCCAGCGUAGCGCCGUCCCCGGCGGGUCCCCGCUGCUCCGGCCGGCUCGUCGCCGGCCUCGUGCCCCUGAUCCGGGCGCAGCGUGCAGGCAGAGGCGCGGGCAGGCCGCCCCGCCGCUCCGGGCGCGGAUAGAAGAUGAGCAGCCACGGAAACAGCCUGUUUCUGCGGGAGAGCGGCCAGGGGCUGGGCCGGGUAGGCUGGCUGCAGCGGCUGCAGGAGAGUCUGCAGCAGAGAGCGCUGCGCACGCGCCUGCGCCUGCAGACCAUGACGCGCGAGCAUGUGCUGCGCUUCCUGCGUCGGAACGCCUUCAUCCUGCUGACUGUCAGCGCAGUGAUCAUCGGGGUCAGCCUGGCUUUUGCGUUGCGCCCAUACCAGCUCAGCUACCGCCAGAUCAAGUACUUCUCUUUCCCUGGAGAGCUUCUCAUGAGGAUGCUGCAGAUGCUGGUACUGCCACUUAUUGUCUCCAGCCUGGUCACAGGCAUGGCGUCCCUGGAUAAUAAGGCGACAGGGCGGAUGGGGAUGCGGGCAGCUGUCUACUACAUGGUGACCACCGUCAUCGCGGUCUUCAUCGGCAUCCUCAUGGUGACCAUCAUCCAUCCCGGGAAGGGCUCCAAGGAGGGGCUGCACCGCGAGGGCCGUAUCGAGACCAUCCCCACAGCCGAUGCCUUCAUGGACCUGGUCAGAAAUAUGUUUCCACCCAACCUUGUGGAGGCCUGCUUCAAACAGUUCAAGACACAGUACAGCACGAGGUUGGUAACCAGGACCGUUGUGAGGACAGAGAACGGAUCCGAGCUGGGCACCUCCAUGCCUUCUCCAUCCUCAAUGGAGAACGGAACCAGCCUCCUGGAAAAUGUCACGUGGGCCUUUGGCACCCUGCAGGAGGUACUGAGCUUUGAGGAGACUGUGCCAGUACCUGGAUCAGCCAAUGGCAUCAAUGCACUGGGCCUUGUGGUCUUCUCUGUGGCCUUUGGGCUGGUCAUCGGUGGCAUGAAACACAAGGGCCGCGUCCUGCGGGACUUCUUUGACAGCCUCAAUGAAGCUAUUAUGAGGCUGGUGGGCAUCAUUAUCUGGUACGCGCCUGUGGGCAUCCUGUUCCUGAUUGCCGGGAAAAUCCUCGAGAUGGAAGACAUGGCUGUCCUGGGGGGCCAGCUGGGCAUGUACACUCUGACCGUCAUUGUGGGCUUGUUCCUCCACGCCGGGGGCGUCCUGCCUCUCAUCUACUUCCUCAUCACCCACCGGAAUCCCUUCCCCUUCAUCGGGGGCCUGCUGCAGGCCCUCAUCACUGCGAUGGGCACGUCUUCCAGCUCUGCCACACUGCCCAUCACCUUUCGCUGCCUGGAGGAGGGCCUGGGUGUGGACCGCCGCAUCACCAGGUUUGUGCUGCCCGUGGGUGCCACUGUCAACAUGGAUGGUACCGCCCUCUAUGAGGCCCUGGCUGCCAUAUUCAUUGCCCAAGUCAACAACUAUGAGCUCAACUUGGGCCAGAUCACAACCAUCAGCAUCACGGCGACGGCCGCCAGUGUGGGGGCCGCCGGCAUCCCCCAGGCGGGCCUGGUUACUAUGGUCAUUGUGCUCACGUCGGUCGGCCUGCCCACUGAAGACAUCACGCUGAUCAUAGCCGUCGACUGGUUCCUUGACCGGCUUCGCACCAUGACCAAUGUGCUGGGGGACUCCAUUGGGGCAGCCGUCAUCGAGCACUUAUCCCAGCGGGAGCUGGAGCUGCAGGAAGCCGAGCUCACCCUCCCCAGCCUGGGGAAGCCCUACAAGUCGCUCAUGGCACAAGAGAAGGGAGCGUCCAGGGGCCGGGGAGGCAACGAGAGUGCCAUGUGAAGGCUGCCCAGUUCUGCUGCCCAGAGAAGUGGGAAGGGGCAGGGAAUCCUGGAGAAGUCCCGCUGUCUGAUGACCGUGUGCUGAACAGACAUGUUCUGCCCAGCUGGUUUGGGGGAAACUGGGAGAAAGCAGGAAGAAAAAGACGUUCGAGGUCUCCAUUCCUGGGCAUAUGCUGUGAACUCUUGGGAAGGCAGUGAGCAAGACAGGAGGAAAUUUUUCCCUGGGAAUGGGGUAAGGGAAGCGUCAGAUUCAACAGGUGAGGGUCAGCUCAUGUUCUUUGUUUUCUCAAGGAGUGCUGGAAUUGAAUGAGGUAAAAGAAAACCACUAUUUCUCAUAAUAAAACAAUAGCCAUGGCCUCUGUGCUGGGGUUCCCAAGACCGCCUUCAGGUUUGAUGAUUUGUCAGAGGACUCACCGAACUUGGAAAUCUGUGAUGCUCAUGUGUGUGGUUUAUUGCGGUAAAGGACACAGACUAAAAGCAGCAAAGGCAGAAAAGAAAGGUACAUAAGGCAGAUCCAGAGGACACCAGAUGUGAGCUUCCAAUUGUCCCCUCUUAGUGGAAUCACAUGGACAGCGCUCGCUUCUCCCAGCAACAAUCUUAAGUACUGCCAGCAAGGGAAGCUCACUAAAGCCUUGGUGUCCAGGGUUGAUACUAGGGGCCUAUCGGGUAGGCAUGGAGCUCCUGUUGACCUUCACUACUCAUACUUCCAUCCCCCACAGAGGUCAAACUAAUACAACAUUGCCCAGGGUCCCAGGUGAACAAAGACGGGCAUCCACCAUAAGCUGUGCUGUCAACAUAAAUUGUCUGGCAGGGCUCAAGGCUCCAGGUUUGCAAAGACACUUUUAUCAGGCUCAGAGGUUAUGUGCCAGGCCAAUCAAGGACCAGUUCUUUCUUUGUGAUGUGCAAGCUCCGAGCACCCCUGUGAAUGAACCCUUUACUUCAGACACUCCAUGGUCAGGAGCAAGAGGAAGCAGCUUCCCGUCAGGAUGAGUAGCUGGGUCCUGGAGUCCCGACUCUUAACUCCCGAAACCAAAUGGCCCGGACACCCCUGUGCUGGCCUUGGACCUCGAAGCCUCCUUACUUCCCAAAGACAGACUUUGGCCUGUUAGUGUUAUUUCCAUGUAGCAUAAUGAACGAGAUGUGACAUUAAAUGGAACUUUAAUAGAGGCUUGGGGAAAACACAAAUAAACAGAGUAACAUGA